UGAUCAGCUGUCUCCAAUCACAGCUGUUCACAUGUACACUGAUGAUCAGUGUACCCUGAUGAUCAGUGUAGCCCCAGCAGUGCCAGCUGUCAGUGCUCAUCAGUGCCACAUGCCAGUGCCCAUCAGUGCCACAUCAAUGCCACAUAUCAGUGCCUACCAGUGCACAUUAAUGCCUAAUAUCAGUGCCCAUCUGAGCUGCCUUUCGGUGUCACCCAUCAGUGCCAGUCAGUGCCACCUAUCAAUGCCAGUCAGCGCCACCUAACAGUGCCAGUCAGCGCCACCUAACAGUGCCAGUCAGCGCCGUCUAACAGUGCCAGUCAGUGUCGCCUAUCCGUGCCAUAUAUCAGCGCUGCCUUUCAGUGCUUAUCAGUGAUGCCUGUCAAUGCCCAUCAGUGCCACCUACCAGUGCCUCCUCAUCAGUG